CUCCGCGGCGCGCGCCCCUCGCUGAGCCCGACCGCCGAGCCAGCCCCGGGCCGGCGAGCGCUGGUCACCGAGGCCCAGGCCGCUGUCGCGGCGCGUUCUUGAAAUCAUGAAUCCUGUUUAUAGCCCGGGUUCUUCUGGGGUUCCCUAUGCAAAUGCCAAAGGAAUUGGUUAUCCAGCUGGUUUCCCCAUGGGCUAUGCAGCAGCAGCUCCUGCCUAUUCCCCCAACAUGUACCCUGGAGCGAAUCCUACUUUCCAAACAGGUUACACUCCUGGCACACCUUACAAAGUGUCCUGUUCCCCCACCAGCGGGGCGGUGCCACCAUACUCCUCCUCCCCCAACCCCUACCAGACCGCUGUGUACCCCGUACGAAGUGCCUACCCCCAGCAGAGCCCGUACGCACAGCAAGGCACGUACUACCCCCAGCCCCUGUAUGCAGCACCCCCUCACGUCAUCCACCACACCACAGUGGUGCAGCCCAACGGCAUGCCGGCGACAGUGUACCCUGCUGCUCUCCCUCCGCCUAGAGGCAACGGCGUCACCAUGGGCAUGGUGGCGGGGACCACUAUGGCCAUGUCAGCGGGUACCUUGCUGACUGCCCACUCCCCGACUCCUGUCGCCCCCCACCCCGUCACCGUGCCCACGUAUCGGGCCCCAGGAACGCCCACCUACAGCUAUGUGCCCCCCCAGUGGUGAUCACCCUGCAAACGUGUGCGGAUGGAGCUGUGCAGUCACAUCAUGGAGGUUCCACAGCUGGUGCUGCAGGCCUUGUGCCUCCAACCAGGACUUUCUUCUUAAUGCUCUCGACACUUAGCUAAACACUACUACAGCCGGCCCAGCAGGUCCCAGCACCCUCAGUCUCCAACUGACUCUGUGGGUUGGUCUUAAAGCAAAUCCUGUUUGGUGGGCUGCCAGGCAAUUUUUUAGCUAACUGUAAUGAUAAAAAGGGAGUGUUAAUCUGUUCUGAAUCAUAUCUAGUUGAAUGCAUGUUAAAAAAAGACAAACAAAAACAAAGCUUGCUCAAUCUACCUACAGUGACUGAUGCAGAACCAUCGUAUGCAAAAUCCAAAGGAAUGGAAAAGUAUUUUACAACUUGUAUCACUAAUGCACUGUUGUAAUGUAUGCAGAGUCUUAAAGUUAUAAGUGUUAAAGUGAAUUUCUUCAUAGAGCAUCUGAAAUCUCUUUGAUGAUUCUUCAGCCUUUUGGGGUUGACGUGGGUUGCCAGUUGGAAACGUGGACUUCUAGUUUCCAGCCAUCUGUUCCUUUUAUGCAGACUGCACUGGGAGAGAGUUGCAGGGUUUGGGAGAGUGUGGGGAGACCACUGCUGCUUGGGGUGCAGCCAGGUUAAUGGCUUUCUCUCCAUUUAGGCUUGUGGGGUCAGUGUGAUGUGGACGUCCUUAGGGAUUACCAUGCAUCCAGUUAGGGACACAAGGUGGUUUAUGUAUCAGCAAAGCAAUUUUCUCUGCCAUCUAAAUUUUCAUUACUAAUCUCUUACAGAUAGAGAUGAUGUUUUCUAUAUGUUUAAUGGGAAAGUCCUAUGUAGAGCAAAAUUAUUUUCCUGGGAUGGAAGAUGUGUGAAAGAGAACCAGCCACACUUGGAGGAGGUAUUGGCCUCUCCUUUAUUUAGCUUAGAAAAAUCAUUCCUUCCCACCCACCCACCCCCCGGCGGGGGAAAUGUCUGAGUCACCUGAAAAUAUAUGUAGGC